UCCAACAUCUCUCUCUCUCUCUCUCUCUCUCUCUCUCUCUCUUAUACAAACACAGAGAUUCUAAACUCAUACCCAUGGAACUAACGAAGAUAAUCUUCUUCAUAGCCAUAACAAUGGCUAUAUCCAUCACUCUCACCGUGAGAAGCAUUGGGGAAGUCGAAGAGAAACUACCGUCUCCUCGUAGCAUCGAUGACGCUUCAUCUUCAACCACAUUGUCAAAAGGGCUUACAAUGGAAGAAGAAAAGCUAAUAAUGCCUUCUAAAAGACUAAGCCGCUUCCUCGCUGAAGAUAAGAGAAACCCUAGAGCAGCUGACCACUGCCACAAAGACAACGAAAUAUGCAAAUUUUUGGGAGGAAAAAACCAGACCUGCUGCAACAACAAGUGCGUGGACUUGUCCGAAGAUAAAAAUAACUGCGGUGCCUGCAAGAACAAGUGCCAUUUCUCACUAACCUGUUGCAGAGGGCAGUGUGUAAACCUAGCUUACGAUAAGAGACAUUGCGGGAGCUGCAACAACCGGUGCAAGAAAGGAAAAUAUUGCGUUUAUGGCAUGUGUCAGUACGCUUAAUGAUUAAGUCCUUUUAGAUGACCAUGUAUUGAUCAGAGGUUCGUCAUUUAUUAAUCUUAAUUAAUUACAAUAAGAAAACCACAUUUGAUUGGUUUCUCAAAUGAUCUUAAUUACUUAAUUAUACAAUUAAUUAU